GGUCGCGCGUUGCGUACGGGCGUAGCCGGCGUAGUACCGUUGAGGUUAUCGGCGGACGGCGGCUAUAGUUGAUAAAAAUGGCAAUAGAAAUGAAGUUGGAAGUUUUCGAAAAGCAUUUAUCUGAUUUUAAAAAAGAGGAUAUACAGAAAAAAAUGAACAUAGCCAGUAACGUAUGCAAACAAUGUGAACUACCUAAUAGACAAUUUGGGAAAGAUAGCACUCCUCCAUUAAUUAAGUGCCAAAUGCUUACUGGAGUAUCCAAAGAAACUUUAAUGGCUGUAAAUUCUCUCGACAAUAAGUCAAUACAUUUCGAAGAUUGGUUAAGAGAACAGAAACUAAUGAUAUACAAUUUUGAGUAUAACGGCAUACGGAAACUACUAUUAAAAAACUACACGCAACUCCUAGAAAUACCAACAGGAAUAAAAGAUAGCCAAGACUACGAAGGUUAUAAGAAGUCUUUCACUUUUAUACAGCUACCAGGAACAAAGACUUCCAUUAUAGUGGAAAAACCAGAAACAGUCAUGGAGAGACAGAGGUUUUUAUACACAAAGAUGAUGUAUAGGGAACAAAAGAAAAACAUAGUGUACAUAGGCAAGAUAAACCUGAUCCUAAACCAGGGUAAAUUUAGUUACAGAGAAGACACCGUUGAAGCAAGAACUCGGUAUAUUAUAGCAGCGUCGGAAACAUUAGGUCUCUUGGGCUAUAUUUACUGUUGCGGUAAUAGCGAAGACUGCUAUAUGAAGAAUUGGAUAGAAGAGAAACUUUUACCCCAAUUGUCAAAAGAAAGCGUAAUAAUUUUCCAAGAAAACGUUUUAAGUAACGACAAAAAUAAAGUUGUUAGUGACCUGUCGAAGGAGGACAUUAUAUACUGGUUGAACGCUAACGAAGUCCCUCAUGAUCCUAAAAUGCACCGAGCAGAAUUGUAUAAUCUUGUAAAGACAAUUCAAAAAAGUCGUGUCGAGAAACUGUCGCCAGAAGAACUUAGUUUUAGAGCAAAGGGUCAUAUCACAAUAAGGAAAAAGAGGUGCAAUUUAAACAACAACUUUUUUAAUCCUUUUUGGGGCUUUCUUGUCCAUGAGAUGAACAAGGCUAUGAAAAUACCAUUAAUAAAAACCACAAUAAACCAACAGCAUCACGCUAUCAAUAACACAGCAAAUAUAAUCGUCCAAAAUUGUCCGCUUAAAUAUUGGAACAAUUUAGGUAACAUAUUGCUAAACGAAGAAAGAGAUAUCUAUAAAGAAGACUUGCAAAUAGAGUAUGUGAUAGAUAAACUGAUGACAAUGGUAAAAAAUGAAGGAUUGCCGAAAGAAUGGGAGACAAAUUCAAAGCUAGAUGAAUACAGUAAAGCAGCUGCGGAGCAGAAAUAUAUACGUCUUUCUGAUAAUUUAUUACAAUUGUUUGCGAAUAUGCAAAAAUCUCAAUAUUACAAAACAACAACAACGUGAAAUGGGGGUAUUUUGAUCAAUUUUCAAAUUAAUAUGUAUUUAUCUCCCCGAAUAUGGAAUCUAAAAAAAAAAAAUUAAAAAAAUGACAUAUCGUUUGUUGCUCCUAUAUCGAUUUCACUAAAAAUAUUUUUAUUAUUAUUAAUGUAUCUUGAAAAAAAAAUCUAGUGGUGAUCAACUUCCAACUUAAUUUGGGGGUUACAAGUGUUACAACCCCCCAUUUUUUCGACGGAAUUCGAUAGUAACCCCUAUAGGGAAGUACAGG